UCUUGUAAUCGAAUCGGUCGAUUUUUCAUUUAAAUCAUAUUUUAAUGAAGUGAAAAUCUAAGUGGAGGGUGGAUGGCUGUUUUCUGAAUGUAAUUUCUAUCAAAUAAGCAAACAUGGCUAUGUCAAAAGGAUUUAAAGUCCUAGAGAAGUCAUCGCCACCAAACCCGUAUAGUAUAAUUUUACAACAUAGAAAUAAAGACACGGCUUUGCUUUUCGAAUCCCAGGCUGUCGUGUCUUUGUCGUCGCAAGAAACCGAAACUCUUCGAAAACAAUAUCAUAAAAUCGCCGAUGCUUACGGCUGUUUGGGAGUUUUACAACUGAACGCUGGUGAAAGUUGCCUGCUCUAUCUUGUACUGGUUGUGGGAUGUUGCUCCGUCGGAAAGGUGGGUGAUGUUGAGGUAUUCAAAAUAACACAAACACAGUUCCUUCCUCUAUUCUAUCAAUCUCAAGGAGAGGAUAAAGUUUCGGAAGUUCGAAAGUUGUUGAAUUCUGGUACUUUCUACUUUUCAUGGAACUCUGGUAAAAUUCAAGAUAAUCUCUUUGAUUUAACUCUUUGCGCUCAAAGGAAAAGUAAGGGUGCUAACCCAGAUAACAGAUUUUUUUGGAACAGAACACUUUUUAUACAUCUUAUUAGAUUUGGUAUUGACUGUGAUGAUUGGCUGACUAGAGCUAUGUGUGGUUCAGUGGAAAUCCGCACUAUAUACGUCGGACACCGGCAGGCAAGAGCAGUGCUUGUGUCGAGAUUAAGUUGUGAGCGAGCCGGUACUCGUUUCAAUGUUAGAGGAUGUAAUGAUGAUGGAAAUGUUGCCAAUUUUGUUGAAACAGAACAAGCCAUAUACAUUGAUGAUUCUGUAGCAUCAUAUAUACAAACAAGAGGCUCGGUGCCACUAUUCUGGGAGCAGCCUGGUAUUCAAGUAGGAUCUCAUAAGGUAAAAAUGUCUCGAGGGUAUGAUGCAUCAACCAGUGCUUGUGAUAGACACUUUUCACAGUUAAAACGCAAUUAUGGAUCAAUAAUUGUUGUUAAUUUGCUAGGCUCAAGUUUGAUUGGUGGCAGUGAGGGUGAAGCAACACUUAGCAAUGCUUACCAAAGACAUCUUAAUGAAUCAGCUCAUUCUGAUGUUAUACAAAUUAUUUUCGACUACCAUCAAGAGGUGAGAGGUUCAUCCAUAGAAUCUGCUUUAGCUAAAUUUAAGAAAAUUAUUGAGAAAAAUUAUGAUGAUAUUAGCAUCUUCAGUGCUAGAGGUGUCGACAUCUAUAAUAUUCAAAAAGGUGUUAUCCGCACUAAUUGCCUGGAUUGUUUAGACAGGACCAACUCAAUACAAACAUUUAUUGGCUUAGAAAUGUUAGCUAUUCAACUGAUGCUUUUGCAAUGUGUGGAUAAAAAACAAAAUGUCAAUAGAUUUGAAGAGGUGUUCAAACAGAUGUGGAUAAAUAAUGGAAAUGAGAUUUCUAAAAUUUAUGCAGGCACUGGAGCUAUACAAGGAGGUUCAAAGCUUAUAGAUGGAGCCAGGUCAGCCGCUCGUACUAUUCAGAAUAAUUUGUUAGACAAUUCUAAACAAGAAGCAAUUGACAUAUUGUUGUUGGGAUCAACAUUGAACUCGGAGCUUGCUGAUCGCACAAGAAUAUUACUACCUCAAAAUAUCCUUCACACCUCAACUCCGGUGUUGAGAGAAAUGUGUAGAAGAGCUAAUGAAUUUACUCAACCAUCUAGCAUUCGGAUUACUAUUGGUACGUACAAUGUAAACGGAGGCAAACAUUUUAGAAGUUUAGCGUAUAAAGACGUAUCAUUGGCUGAUUGGCUAUUGGAUUGUCCUAACUCAUCUUUAGUGUCGACUGUAAAUAUGACUGAACAACCGUCAGACAUCUUUGCUAUAGGAUUCCAAGAGAUUGUUGAUUUAAAUGCUAGCAAUAUAAUGGCUGCUAGCUCUGAUAAUGCUAAAGCCUGGAGCGAGGAAUUAGAAAAAGUAUUAAACAGAGAUGCUUCAUAUACUCUCUUGUCUAGUCAUCAAUUAGUUGGAGUUUGUCUGUUUAUAUUCGUUAGGAAGGACCUCAUUCCGCAUAUAAGAGAUGUGGCACUUGAUUCUGUUAAAACAGGUCUUGGUGGCGCCACAGGUAACAAAGGAGCUGUUGUUAUAAGAAUGGUGAUUUAUGGCACAUCAUUAUGUUUUGUCUGUGCUCAUUUUGCUGCAGGGCAGUCGCAAGUCUCCGAACGUAAUGCUGAUUACACUGAAAUUACUAGAAAGAUUGCUUUCCCUAUGGGAAGAUCUCUUUAUUCUCAUGAUUAUGUAUUUUGGUGUGGAGACUUCAAUUAUCGCAUAGAUUUAGAUAAGGAAGAGUCGCGCUUAUUGGCUGCACAAAACAAUUUGCAACGACUUUUAGAACAAGACCAGUUAACAAGACAAAAGUCUCAGGGUUUGGUUUUUAAAAAUUGUUUCGAAGGAGAUAUCACUUUUCCACCUACAUAUAAGUAUGACCUAUUCAGUGAUGAUUACGAUACUAGUGAAAAAUGCCGCGCGCCGGCUUGGACAGACAGAGUUCUAUGGAGGAGUAGGAAACACACUAUUGACCCGGAAACAACAUCCGAAUUGGCUGCAGGAAAAUUAUUGUACUAUGGACGCGCAGAACUGAAACAAAGCGAUCAUCGACCCGUACUAGCAAUUUUGGAAAUUGAAGUACUUCAAGUAAGUUACACUAAAUGUAUGGAAGUUUUUUACGAGGUCGUAAAAGAUCUCGGUCCUCCGGAUGCCAGCAUCGUUGUACAGCCUUUUGAUGAAAUCGAUGGCGAAGAUUCGGUUUUCGAUGAUAACGUUAUGUCUGCCAUCUUACAAGAAUUGGCGACGAUUGGUGACGUAACUUUAGUUCGUUUUAUAGACGACCAUACACUGAGUAUAACAUUCAGAGAUGGCCAACACGCGCUAGCAGCUGCCCAGAAAGGCCACAUUUCUGUAGGUUCUCUAUACUUCAGCAUAACUUUGAAAUCUCCCAACUGGGUGGACAUAGUUAGGUCCGAAAUCAACUUGUGUACAAACAAUACGAUUCCAUUAUUUGGUGAAGUACAACCCGAGCGGCCGCUGAGGUCAGCUCCGCCGACGCCGCGACGACAGCAGCCGAGCAGGCCUCCGGCUCCGUCUCCUACUCCAUUGCUGCCGUCACGAGCGCCGGUGGCGAGCCCCGCUCGUCCGCCGCCGCCCAGACCUGCUCCGAUCCCCCCAGAUGCUGGAGCGAACGCCGCGCAACCACCAAUAGCGUCGCCCCCACCUGAUAGUGUUCCUCCUCCGUCAUGUGCUCCCCCUCCUCCUCCGCCGCAAAGCUCUACCCCUCCACCUACGAGCGUUGCACCUCCUACGGGUCCACCACCUCCCGUACCUGCGCGUCAAGGUGCACCACCCCCAUUACCUGCUCGCCCUCGACCUGUUACGUAAACUUCGUACGUAAUUCCUCGGUACGUAAAUUCCAUAGUUGUAUACAAAAGCAUUAUAAUAUAUAUGUAUUGUACAAUUGGCAAGUAUGUUAC